AAUGCAAAGACCUUAAUUUCAGGCUCUGACUCUGACAUUCCCUCCCUCCCACGCGCUUCUGAAUCGCAUCAUUUUCAGCAGAUGUGUCCUCUCCGCCUUCUUCUCAUCUUCCUCUCCGCCUCUCUCGCCGGUUUUUUCGUCUUCAGAAACCUCAGAUCUCAACCUCACCUUGUUCAUCAUGAUGAUGCUGGCGAAGCUUCUUCCUCCGCCCAAUCUUCCGAUUCUUCCAUUCCUGCAUUUUCCAAGGUUCGGGUAGCAAUCGAAUCUGGGUUCUGGACCUUCGUCGACAUGGCUUCCGGUCGAUAUCUCUGGAACCAUCUCACCUCCUCCUCUAAGUCAAAGCGGUCCACAUGAUUACCUUGUUCGUCUGUUUUCAUUAAUUUCGUCGCAAUACUGAAAUUUCAGGUUUGGGUUUGGGUUUGGUUUCGGUUUCGCUUCGUCGUUUUAAUUUUCCCCGAAGAUUGCUUAUGAUUGUAAAACUCAUAGGUUAAUUGGAAAAUCUGUGUGUCAUGCUCGUUAAUUGUUACUACUCCAGUUCUAAAUAUAACAUCCGUGCAAAUUGCUGGAGGUA